ACAUACAAUUGUACGAGCCUCUACUCCUCGACUCCCACCACAAUGUCUUCCCUAGUCCCCUCGCUGCGGGCGAAAGUCCCUCGAAUUCUAUCACGAACAACAUGCCGUCCCAUAUCUGCCUCAGCUCGCCUCCUUCGCCAGGGUCCCGGUACAGGCGAGAACUUUCAACAAGCCAACGAUCCCCAAUCGCGGAAACUCACUCCCAAUGUAUCAAAGACCGACGAAACCCCUGUGGACUCCAUGGGUGCUUCAGAUGCGCCAUUGCAAGAAAUGGUUACUGAUGGCGAGAGGGCAAGACAAUUACAAGCACCCAACAGAGCCAAACCCUGGUCUCGGAGCCAAAUGCCCAGAGAGCUCGCAAUGACAGGACCAAGAUUUGAACAGACGAUUAUUGAAUCCCAGCCUGCUCCCUAUGCCGCGAUCGAGCUCAUCCAUAAACAACCCGUUCGAUGGGUAGACGAUAAACGGGUAGCAUGUGACGGCGGUGGCGGUCCAUUGGGACACCCAAAGAUCUAUAUCAACGUGGACAAGCCACAAAUCUGUUGGUGCACCUACUGCGGAUUGCCAUAUGCUAAAAAGGAGCACAAAAAACACCUCGAAUCGCUACCGAGCACAACUUACCCAUUAGCACCAACAGGCGAUCCUAUGGAAGUGCAGAUGCCGGCUACCCCUAGUCAAAAGGGGGAGAUCCAGGGGCAGUAUCCUCAUGUUAGAGGAGAGCAUCUGGCCGAGUCUUUGGGUGAAACGACAUUUGAGCAAAGAUGAUUUCUGACGAAUGGGUGUAUUGUACAUAUUGCGGAACUGAGGUCUCAAUAAAAGACUGGAGUUGUAUGAGGUUGUGUGGCCUUGAUACUGAUCUUUCCACGACGGGAAUUUCGCGGCCCAGCACAAUGACACAGAACUUGCGACACAAAAGUGAUCGCUACAGGUCGAUCUAUGAAGUCUGUGUUGCCUGACUCGAUCUUGGCCGUUCGAAGAUAGAGAUGAAAGAAGUCUCGUUACAAAGUCCUUGUCCUUUUCUGUUCUUACCGAGUUGAUGUGCCAG